UUCUUUCGUAGCCUGUUUCUUACUUUCGCCCUGCUACGAGGCGGGAGAGUACUCCGUACUUUCGACAGCCCCACUAGAGGCCGAAAGUUCGAACUUUCGGUGUAGGGAUGGUGAAAAACGUUAUAACCAAUCCUCUUGGAAAACACUACACACCUUUUAAAAAAAACCGAUGUAUUUUCAGUUUUCAUCAAAUUAUUAGUUAAAAGAAAAGAAGAUUUCAAAUUUUCACAGCAUGGACUGUGAAAAAGCUGCACGAACUUCUGAAAGAUUGUUCACAGUUUUUUUCACCUUGAACAAAGGGGAGCCAUAUGUCAUUAAUGGAAUUGACUAUCGAACGUAUCUGAAGAUAAGACAGAAUAAAGAGGCAGCAGAGAAAUUCUGCAUGGAGCUGAUCGCAAGGGGAGAUAUACCUUUAGGUGAAGAUGGAAGGAUUGACUGUAUCCACAUGAGCACUGAUGGGGGAAUUAAUUUCGAGGAACAGUGUAAUCAUGCAUCGGAUGACUUACACAAUGAGGCGUUGGGAGGAGAUUCAAUCGAUCAAGCACCAGGCACGUCACCAAUAAGACAGAGCAACACAAAUAUACAGGCCUCUACGUCGAACACUGUACCUGCUACCGAUGAAAGUGAUAAACCGGAUAGAAAUUCUAUCCACUUUGAUUCCGACUCUUCUUCACAACAUGCCAACAGCUCAAACAGUACCAAAGAGAAGCUGCGAAAAUUUCAAUAUCCUACUAAUGAGGCCAGAGACCCAAGUGAAAGAUCCGAUGGCGCAAUCAAACUUCAGAAGAAAUCAGCUGUCUCCACUUCUACACCGGUGAUUGGACCGAAAGGAAAACAGAGCAGUCUGGUUUGGAAACAUUUCAAGAACGUAGAUAAGUUGACAGCAAAAUGUCAGCACUGUGGCAGAAUUUAUAAACAUGAUAAGAAUACCAGCAAUAUGUUGCAACAUCUCGAGCGCAAACAUUCUGAUUUUGUGAUACUACCGAAAUCCAAGAAACGGAAAAUUCAUUUGUCCCCUGAUAAACUCUCUGAUGAGUCGCCCUCCACCGGAAAGAAUGAAUCUUGGUUUCCACAUAAUCUACCUACCAUCACCAAUGCAUUUUCACGUCAGAAUUCUUAUGCAGAUCGUGGAGAAAACGCCAAUCGAAUUACCAUGGUUCUUCUCUAUUUGAUAUGUGUGGCGAAAUUGCCCCUUUCAAUCGUCGAGAACGAGGCCUUCAAAGUAUUCAUGACGGUGUUGGCAAAAAUUCAAGCUCGAUAUGAAGUUUUGAAACAACCAUUUAAGGAGGUUCUGUCACGAGCUCAAUCGUACACACUCACGUGUGACAAUUGGACCGACAUUGGAAACACUAGUUACCUUGGCUGCGAGUUAGCUAUCAGCUGUUAUGUCUUCACACUGACCAUGGAGAAUAGAGACCAGGAGGCCGAACUCAUAUGGGCGAUGCGCCUGAUUCGCGAUGUCAAAACCGAUUUUUCGCCCUCUGGUGAGGAUUCAUGA